UCUCCAUAUUUAGGGUGAUUGUUUUUCUGAGUUUGUUGUAUAUCCUUAAACAUUUGGACUGGAACAUGCCAUUCCAUUUUUUGUUGAAUAACAUGUUUGAAAUUGCAAACUCUGCAUGCGUAUUAUUUCAUGGGUGUAAAUGUAAAUGCAGCUUCUGUACUCAAUCGUCUUCUUCACAACAACACCCCCAAACCCAGCAAAACUCUGCUACCCACCAACGCCAAAUCCUUAACCAACUCAAUCGUCGCCGAUCUCAACUCCGGCCACCUCCGAAAAGCCGUCUCUGUCCUCUUCAACUCUCCAAUCCCCUUCCCUUUCUCUCUCUACGCCCGUCUCUUCCAGCUCUGCUCAUCAAAACACGCCAUCGUCGAGGCUCGAAAGGUCGAGUCCCACUUGGUCUCAUUCUCUCCCACUCCGCCCAUUUUUUUACUGAACCGUGCAAUUGAGACUUAUGGAAAAUGUGGGUGUUUGGAGGAUGCAAGAGAGCUGUUCGAUGAAAUGCCUCAGAGAGAUGGGGGGUCUUGGAAUGCGAUUAUUACGGCUUAUGCGCAAGGCGGGUGUGCUGAGAAAGCAUUGUGUUUGUUUUUGUGUAUGAAUAGGUUGGGAGUUUCCGGAAAUGAGAUUACAUUCGCUAGUGCUCUUGGGUCGUGUGGUGCGGUUUUGGCACUUGUUUUAUCGAGGCAAAUACAUGGGCUUAUUGUAAAAUGUGGUCUUUCGGGGAACGUGAUUUUAGAGAGUUCUCUUGUUGAUGUCUAUGGGAAAUGCCGGGUUAUGAGUGAUGCGAGGAGAAUGUUCUAUGAGAUUCAGAAACCAAAUGCUGUGUCUUGGAAUGUGAUUGUCAGGCGGUAUCUUGAUAUGGGACAAGAAAGAGAGGCGGUGUUUAUGUUUUUUGAGAUGGUCCGGGUUAAUGUUAAGCCAUUAUGUUUCACGGUGUCUAAUUCUCUUGUUGCUUGUUCUAGAAUUUCUGCGGUCAAGGAGGGGAUCCAAAUUCAUGGACUUAUAAUUAAGACUAAUAUUGAAGAAUAUGAGGUGGUUUUAAGCUCUCUCAUGGAUAUGUAUGUGAAAUGCCGGGAUUUGGAGAAUGCUCGCAGGAUAUUUGACAUGCCUAGAUCAAAGAAUUUGAUUAAUUGGACUGCAAUGGUGUCAGGGUAUGCAAUUGAUGGGAGAACUCGAGAGGCAAGGGAGCUCUUUAAUGAGAUGCCAGAGCGGAAUGUGAUCUCAUGGAAUGCAAUGCUGGUGGGUUACAUACGUUUCUUCCAAUGGGAAGAGGCAUUGGACUUUGUUUUUUUGAUGCGGAAGCAAUCCAAGGACAUUGACUAUGUCACUCUUGGGUUGAUCUUAAAUGUUUGUACUGGCCUUUGGGAUGUUGAAUUGGGAAAACAGGUUCAUGGGUUUAGCUAUAGACAUGGUUUCUAUUCCAAUCUUUUUGUUGGCAAUGCCCUUCUUGACAUGUAUGGGAAAUGUGGAAACUUGAUUAGUGCUAGAGUUUGGUUCUAUCAAAUGAGUCAUUGGCGGGAUAGAGUUUCUUGGAAUGCUCUGUUGACUAGCCAUGCUCGUCAUGGGUUGAGUGAAGAAGCAAUGACAAUAUUCUGGGAGAUGCAAGGGGAGACAACACCGAGUAAAUAUACUUUUGGGACCCUUUUGGCUGCCUGUGCAAAUAUUUUUGCACUUGAGCCAGGAAGACAAAUCCAUGGAUUCAUGAUGAGAAAUGGUUAUGAGAUAGAUGUUGUUAUCAGAGGAGCUUUGGUUGACAUGUACUCUAAAUGCCGUUGUCUAGAGUAUGCUAUCAAGGUUUUUAAAGAGGCAACUUCACGGGAUUUGAUUCUUUGGAACUCUAUGGUUUUGGGAUGUUGUCACAAUAAAAGGGGUGAAGAUGUACUUGAAUUGUUUGGAUUGAUGGAGAAAGAAGGUGUCAAGCCAGACCAUAUCACCUUGCAAGGUAUCUUGCUAGCCUGUAUUUGUGAGGGCCGUGUUGAGUUGGGUAGGCAGUAUUUUAAUUCAAUGAGCACAAAAUUCUGUAUAAUUCCCCGGUUGGAGCAUUAUGAGUGCAUGAUAGAACUCUUUGGUAGGUACGGAUUCAUGGAUGAGCUUGAGGAUUUUGUGAAGACAAUGCCAUUUGAGCCCACUGUUCAAAUGUUGACAAAAGUCUUUGAUGCUUGUAGAGAGCAUAGACACUUGAAGUUGGGAGAAUGGGCUGCCAAUCGACUAAAUGAAAUGAAUCCUUCAGUUCCAUUCCAGAUUGAAUUCUUGGAUAAGGGUAGAUUGGAAACGUAGUGAAAACUAAGAGUGCAGACUAAGACAGAUCAUAUUCUGUGUUUGUCCAUAGUCUAUGACCUUUUAAUCGAACUUCAAAUAUUGGAAAGCUUACUCUGUAUAGCUUCUCAUCAAACAAGUGCAUUGAUAAAUAUUUUUGUAAUAGAAGCUUAACCAUUUUCCUUUUGAGGGAGAAGGCACAAGUUGAAGCUAAAGAAAAGAAGCUGUCAGGUUUGAGAACAAGCUCCAUUGCACUGUCGUUAUCAGGGGGUUCUUUAACCAUGCAGCAAUUAGCUGCAUACAUUCUUGAUCAAAUGCUUGGAAGAUGGGCAUUCUAGGAAGUGCCAACUUGUAUUUAUGCUCUUCAUCAUGAUUGUUGUUAGCAGAGGAGUUGGAAGUGCUCCCUCCAUGAACUUGAAGAUACAUGAGCCUAACAUUUUCCUCAUUUAUGUAAAUUACUGUUUUACAGAGAAAUGUUAAAGAUUUCAGUUGCUGCUAUUUUUUGAGAUUAACUGCAUUUGUUGGUUACUUUGGCACAUAUCAUUGCAUUAUAGAAUUUGGAGCUUAUGAAUACACUGGAAGAACAAGAAAUUCAGAAUACAUC